AUGCUCAGACCUUCCACCAGAUCAUUUUCCGUCGCAGCCAGAUUGGCCAAAUGGAAGGAGGUGCCUUUGGCCCCCCCAGACAAGAUUCUUGGAAUCAGCGAGGCUUACCAGAAGGACUCGAACUCCAAGAAAAUCAACUUGGGCGUGGGUGCCUACAGAGACAACUCCGGCAAACCCAUCGUGUUCCCUUCGGUCAAGAAGGCCGAGACCGUGUUGUUGGAGAAAGAGACCGACAAGGAGUACACAGGCAUCAUCGGCUCCAAGAACUACCAGAACGCGGUGAGAAACUUCAUUUUCAACAACUCCGACAAGGACGCCAACGGCGCCAAGUUGAUUGGCGACAACAGAAUCGUCACCGCACAGACCAUAUCGGGAACCGGCUCCUUGCGUGUCAUUGCCGACUUCUUGAAGAGAUUCUACUCCGUGGAGAAGAUCAUAGUGCCCAAGCCCACGUGGGCCAACCACGUGGCGGUGUUCACGGACGCCGGCAUUUCCGCGGACUACUACGCGUACUACGACAAGAGCAACAACUCGUUGGACUAUGCCAACUUGAAGCAGUCCAUCUCUGCCGCCGAGAACGAGUCGGUGAUUCUCCUCCACGCCUGCUGCCACAACCCCACCGGCAUGGACUUGACUGCCGAGCAGUGGGAGGAGGUGUUGGCCAUCAUCCAGGAGAAGAAGCUCUUCCCCUUGAUCGACAUGGCGUACCAGGGCUUCGCGUCCGGCUCGCCCUACAAGGACAUCUCGUUGAUCCGCAGAAUGAACGAGUUGGUCGUGGAGGGCAAGAUCCCCACGUACGCGUUGUGCCAGUCGUUCGCCAAGAACAUGGGCUUGUACGGCGAGAGAACCGGCUCCAUCUCGAUAGUCACGGAGUCCGCGGCGCAGUCGAGCGCCAUCGAGUCGCAGUUGAAGAAGCUCAUCAGACCCAUGUACUCGAACCCUCCUAUCCACGGCUCCAGAAUCGUCGAGACCAUUUUCUCCGACCAGAACUUGUUGAACGAGUGGUUGGCUGACUUGGACUCUGUGGUGGGCCGCUUGAACGUGGUCAGAGACAAGUUGUACCAGAAGUUGGACAAGACCAACUACAACUGGGACCACUUGUUGAAGCAGAGGGGUAUGUUCAUCUACACCGGGUUGUCUGCCAAGCAGGUUAUUGAGUUGAGGGAGAAGUACUCCGUGUACGCCACGGAGGACGGCCGGUUCUCGAUUUCCGGCGUCAACGAGAACAACGUCGACUACUUGGCCGACGCCAUCAACAAGGUGAUCAGCAAAUAG